AGAAGAUAGCUGAUAAGUCUCAGGAAAGUAAACAAACUGAAAAGGCAAGAAUGGAGUCGUGGUGCUUUUGUGAGGUACCUCAUGGCCCAGAUGAACCUCAUAAUCAUGCUGGAGUUGAAACUAAAGCAAUGAGUGAUUUAACUGCCAAUAUUGUUAAUAAUGAUAAGGGAUGUACAUCAAAGAUAAAUGACAGUGAUACUAACACAGAUCUAGUUGCAAGUGCUCAUGCCACUGGUGCAACCUCCCUGCUUCAAUUAUCAAUGGAACACGUGGCUCAUGGUUCCAUUCCUCCUAGUACUAUUAGUGAGGGCCUGCAAGAAGCCACUGGUGCUGUAACCAUUGAUGCUUCAUCUUUAGUAGUUCCUCAGAUGGAAGGAGGACCACAAAAUGUUGUUGGGUCUAGCAGUCAACCAGUAGUUGCUUCAGCCACCCAAGCUUCUCCGUCAGUUGGGCAGAGUGUAGUGGGUGGCCAUGUGGUUACUGCCAUAAGCCAACAUGGUGCCCAAGGAAGUGGGCGAUUAGUUAGUCAGCCGAUGAUUAGUGGGCAAGUUGUCACCGCCGGUCAACUGGUUGGCACUAGUCAGUUGAUGACACCAGAGGGUACAAUCUACAUUGAGGCCAGUGAAAUGUUAAGCAAUGGAGCAGUUGUAAUAAACCCUGGCCAAGGGGCCUAUAUCAGCUAUGAUCAGAUUACAAUUGGAGCAGAUGGUCAGGUUCUUAGUGUGCCAGUUGGUGGUUCCACAGGAGAAACACUAAUGAUCCAACCUGCUGCAGGCUCUGAUGUUACUUCAGGUACAGGCACUAUUACCUACACGACAACACAGCUAACAGAGCCUAAUGCUGCCCAACCCAUCCAGUACACAGCUCUAAGUAAUGAUGUCAUUAAUCUCUUAUCACAUGUGGACUCAAGCAAAGAAAGUACCAGUUCUGAUCUGACAGCAGAGAAGGGAGUAACAGUUAUUGCCAAACCCUUAGAUUGUUCAGUAUGUGCUAAGUCCUUUGCACAAAAGCGUACCUUAUGGACUCAUAUGUUGGAAGCUCACCCAGAUUUACAUUGUUGUUCAGAAUGUUGUGCAGCAUUUACCUCGCCUGAAUAUCUUAAUCAGCAUAAGGCCCAACACCAGAAACUGCACGUGUGUUCAAGAUGUGGAAUGGCAUUCACAAAUAAAUCAUCAUUAAACAGACAUAGACAGCAGAUGCAUACCGGAGCUGCUGUUGCAGUGGAAGACAAAGUUUUUGGUUGUGGAUCAUGUGAUGCCAGGUUCCACCAACAGUGUGACCUGCGAAGACACGUGCUAGGACAUACUGGUGAAAAGCCUUACAGAUGCAAACACUGUGAUGCUGGAUUCACCAGAACAUCAAGCCUUAAUAAGCAUAUGAGAAUCCAUACUGGAGAGAAGCCUUAUACAUGUGAAGUGUGUGACCAGUCCUUCUCUUAUAGAUAUCAGUUUAACAGACAUAAAAUCACCCAUAGACAGGAUGACCAAAGAAGUAACUUCUCUGUUUCAUAUGAAUUUCAGGAGUAAUUUAUUGUAUAUGGAAUGAUGUGUAUCAGCAAAUAUUCGCUGUUCAUUGUUGAAUUGCUGAUACUUAAAUAGGUAACCAAAGGAGUAAGAGUAUUAUGGGGAUUUAAAUAUACCAAACAGUAAUUAGGAUUAAUGGAAAUUAUACAAGUGGAAAUCCCUUAUUCAUUCAGAAUUAGGAAGACCAUGUCCUUGACCAGUCAUGCAUCCAGUCUGAAAGGCAUGUCUUCAGAUAUGCCACUUAUCUGUAGAGGUACCAUUGGUACUGUGGCCCACCAUAGGGUAGAGAGAACUGUAUCAUUACCAUCACAUUAUUUUAUUCAUUUUUUCAUUUUAUCACUUUGUGAAAUUUGUAUGUGACACUUUCCUUUGCCCAGGUUUUUGUUCAUAUUAGGAAAUAACUACUGUGUGCCCAUUUCAAAUUCAGAUUGUGUAGCCAUACUGUAAAAUAGACGCAAGCAAUUUGUUUCAUAGAGAGAUUAUUUUUAGUGUAUUUUGUGUACUGUAUUACCAAUAUUUUAUUGAUUUAUUCUCUUGUAUAUUAUAAUUUGUAAUGAAAAUUGUAUAUUGUACAAACUAUUAACUGUAAAUGUAAAAUGUUAUAUAGUGAAGAGUAUUAACCAAAUGUAAGGUUAUUGAAUAACCAUUGAGUAGGAUGUAUUUAAAGAUGGUUUCCCUUUUUAUAAAGACAUCACUAGAUAGUGUAUGUAUAAUCUUUGUGCAUAAACAAAUUAAACUGAAAUUCAGC